CAGCAGCUAGCAGCCUCGUCUGACUGGAGGAAGUGUGUUGAGGGUUGAUGGGAGCAGAGCUUCCAUUUUAACACGGCCUGCAGCAGCCAACAGCCAGUAGUAGGAGCCAGCAGCAACAGCCAGUAGUAGGAGCCAGCAGCAACAGCCAGUAGUAGGAGCCAGCAGCAACAGCCAGUAGUAGGAGCCUGCAGCAACAGCCUGGGAGGGAGCAGCAACAGCCAGUAGUAGGAGCCAGCAGCAACAGCCAGUAGUAGGAGCCAGCAGCAACAGCCAGUAGUAGGAGCCAGCAGCAACAGCCUGGGAGGGAGCAGCAGUGGGGGCAGCAGAGCCUGAACAAAGUGAGCUCACAGAAGAAGUGCCUCUAAUCACCGCAUUCCAGCAGAGGAGAGCCAGUCAACUUCCUCUAAGCCUGUGUGACGGGCAGAGAGCUAUUUUACUCGUCUUCACCUGGACUGGACUUUACCCACCUCUCCCUAGCAGUGUCUGACUGACGAAGGAUUUUAAAGAAAGGAGGAAAAUAAAAGUGACCUUCUUUGGUUCUAAAACGGAAGAAGACCCAGAUGUGAAGAUGGAGGAGGGAUACGAACUUGACCUGACUUACGUGACGGAGCGCAUUAUCGCUGUGUCCUUCCCCCGGGCAUGCUCAGAGGAGAUCUACUUUCACAACCUGAAGGAUGUCACACGGAUGCUCAAGUCCAAGCACGCUGAUAACUACCUGAUUAUCAACCUGUCGGAGAAGAGACAUGAUCUCUCUAAAAUGAACCCUAAGACUCUGGACACGGGCUGGCCUGACCUGCAUGCUCCUCCUCUGGAUAAGAUCUGUACCAUCUGUAAGGCCAUGGAAAACUGGCUCAAUGCUGACCCUCUACACGUGGUGGUCAUACACUGCAGGGGUGGGAAAGGCCGAAUUGGAGUGGUCAUCUCAUCAUUUGUGCAUUUCACCGACAUAUCUGCCAGUGCUGAUCAGGCCCUGGACCGCUUUGCAAUGAGGAAGUACUACGACGACAAGGUCUCAGCAUUAAUGACACCCUCUCAGAAAAGGUACGUUUGGAUCCUGAACAGUCUCCUGAGUGGGUCGAUGAAAAUCAACGCCUCUCCACUGUUCUUGCAUUGCAUCAUUCUACGUGGGAUACCAAACUUUGACACUGCAGGAGUGUGUCGGCCAUACCUGAAAGUCUACCAGGGAAUGCAAGCUGUCUACUCCUCAGGGGUCUAUCACAUUGGGCCUGGACACAGAGACAGGAUAUGUAUCAGUCUGGAACCUGCUCAGAUGUUAAAGGGAGACAUCAUGGUGAAGUGUUACCAUAAGAGUGAUGCCACUUUGGAGCGCGAGGCGAUCUUCCGGCUCCAGUUCCACACAGGAGCAGUGCAGGGCUACAACCUGGUGUUCGAGAAAGAAGACAUGGAGACUGCCAAUAAAGAUCACAGAUUUCUGGCUUACGGGAAAGUGGAGCUGGUGUUCUCUGAGGGCCCGGAGAAAAUCCCAGGUGCAGAGCGCUGGCAGAACGGGGCAGACAUAAGUGUGGACUACAACACAGCCGACCCUCUGACACGAUGGGACUCUUACCAGAACAUAAUUGACGCGGAAGUGCCCCGCUCUCAGGGACUGGCCCAGGACAAAGCCUCCCCAUCCAAAAGGAGCCCUAACGGGGAAGGAUCCACCACCGUGACCCUGGCCCGUGGAGCCCACCAAGCCACUUCUACCACCAGCAGUCCCGACCACAGCGACCACGCCCUGUCAGCCAGCAGCGACUCAGGCCUGUCUAGCACCUCUCUGUGGACUGACAAACCCCCAGCCCCCAUCACCACAACCACCAGCUCCAGGCCCCAGCAAGGCCCCAGCCGUCAGGAGAAGGCCCAGCUGAAGCGCCUGCUGAGCGGGUUCGGCCUGGGGGAGAUGUCUGAGUGCGGAGGAGGGGGGCCAGGAGUGAUGACCAUACAGAAACGGGCCCCAGUCCAGGUGCAUGGCAACGGGGACCUGCGGCCCCCCAGGGAGAGGGAGACGGACAUCCUGGAUGAUGAGGUCCUCCUGUCGGGUCAUGACCUGCGCAGCGUGGACAGCCUCGGGACCCUGUCGUCCUCCUGCCACAAGAGCAGCCAGAACUCCUUGCUUUCAGAUGGCUUCGGUAGCCCUGGGGGAGAGGAGCACCAGCUCCACCACCACCAACCCCAGCACCACCACCCAGCCCCGGCCACAAUGGAGGAGUACGAGAGAGCCUACGCAGAGGCCCGGAGGAGCUGCUUUGGCCAGAGGAGUGCCUCGGUCUCCACCCCCGCCACCGCCAUGCCGAUGCCCAAGCAGCAGGUCUACCGGCAGGGCAGCUACUCCACACACACCUGGGUGCGCCAACAGCAGAUGGUAGCAGCCCAUCAGUACGCCUACCUGCAGGCCGAGGAGGGUGAGGAGAGGGAGAGGUACCUAGGGGACAACAAACCACAAGGAGGAAGCCCACCCAAACCUCCAACCCAUACAGUGUCACAACAAGGACCCGUGCUGAGUAUGAACACUGCUGCCUUGAGAACGGUGGUGGCACCACAGACACACAACGAGCAGCCUCCUGCAGUCGUCAACGAUAACAACAACAGCCGAGACGAAGAGUUCAACUCUUUGACUGUGGACAUUGAUAACUCCAUCGACCAGCUCAACCAGUUGAUCAUGGACCUGGACCCCACGUUCGUGCCUGUUCCCACACGCUCCAGCUCGGUCAAGAGGAACGGCGGGGAGCAUGUGAAUGGCUCAGCCACCACAAACGCCACCUCCACCGGGUGCCCCAACGGAGUCAGUCCCAGAGUCACAGAGAACAGUACAGCCGCACUGCAAAGCACACAGCCGUCAGCUGCCCCAUUGUCCGUUGGUGACGUCAGAGUGGACUCCAUGCAGAGUCGGCAGGACCGUGAUGUCACAGAUCACCCAGGAUUCGGUGGCUCACGCUGGGGCGUGCAGGAGGAGUACAAGAGCACACGGACCUACUCACCCUGCGUACCUCACUCCCAGCAUGGCAUGCUGUUCAGGAGUGACAGUGUGGACUACAGAGCUCAGGGUCCAAAGAUGGACAGCGGAGUGGAGGCUGCUAGUGACAUGACUCCUACUCCUGCCUUCCCCAUCUCUCCCCCUACACCUUAUGUGAAAAACAUGGCGGAAUUCACUCACCUGAGGCAAACUCCAUCUCCCAGCAUGCAAUCAUAUGGAGCUUACAGGACGGAGCAUGAGCCCAGAGGAUACUUAGAGAUGAUUGGUCAUGUUCCCCAGUCCGCAGAAGAGGGCCUUCCAGACUCUUCCCCCAGCUGCCAUAGGUCCUUCAGCUCCUCUCGCUCGGCGUUCAUUAGUGGGAUGCCACAACGGACAGACAGCCCCUCCAUGGGUCAGCCCUGGCCAGAGGACAGAGCCCUCCAUCCCCACUCCAUGUCCUUGGACUACAGCCACCACUCCCCUCCCAUGCACCCCCAACCCCACACUCACCCUGCGCCCAACGCCCACAGCUCCCCCCGGGGCAGCCAGCAGAGCCACAUGGCACACUAUGGCCUCACCCACAGCCUUGCGCACAGCUUCGACGAGCAAGACAACUUAGGCCUGGGGGGCUAUGGCGCAGUCCACAGCCCACCCUCUGCCUCUCCUCUACUGGGGAACGGAGGCAUGGAGAGGGGCCUGUCCUGUAUGGGUUCCAUGGAUGGGCUGGGCACCAUCCGGACCCAGCACCUGCCGCACCUGCAGCAGCUCCAGGCCCAGGGGGCCUUGCCUCCACUGCUGCCUGAGAAGAGGAGGGAGUCGGAUGGGGAGCACUCCUUGGGCACAGCCUCCCCAGCCCCUAGCGGAUUCUCCAGCCCACAUAGCGGAAGCUCCCUCAGUAUCCCAUUUCCCAACAUCCUGCCUGAUCUCUCAGCCUCUGCACAGAUGCCGGGCACCGCUUCACCUCUGCCAGAUGUCCUGGCCAGCAAGCAUGUGACUGUAAACUUUGUGCAAGACACAUCGAAAUUCUGGUACAAGCCUGAUAUCUCCAGGGACCAAGCUAUCUCAGUCCUGAAGGACAAGGAGCCCGGAUUUUUCAUAGUACGGGACAGCCACUCCUUCAAAGGAGCCUAUGGGCUGGCCAUGAAGGUGGCCACACCCCCUCCCUCAGUCCUGCAGCAGAGCAAGAAAGGUGAUCUGUCCAAUGAGCUGGUCCGUCACUUCCUGAUUGAGUGUACACAGAAAGGAGUUCGGUUGAAGGGCUGUCCCGAUGAGCCCUAUUUUGGUAGUUUAACUGCGUUGGUGUGUCAGCACUCCAUAACUCCCUUGGCUCUGCCCUGCAAACUCAUCAUACUUGACAGAGAUCCUCUUGAAGACGUGGUGGAGAAUACUGCUCCACAAUCUGUCACCAACUCUGCUGCUGAGCUCCUUAAACAAGGAGCAGCGUGUAAUGUGUGGUUCCUGGGCUCAGUGGAGAUGGAGUCUCUGACCGGGUACCAGGCUGUGCAGAAGGCCACCAGUGUAACAUUGGGCUCAGACCCCCUGCCUACCUCCACCGUGGUCCACUUGAAAGUCUCCUCACAGGGAAUCACCCUCACCGACAACCAGAGGAAGUUGUUCUUCAGAAGGCAUUAUGCAGUGACCACUGUCAUCUUCUGUGCAUUGGACCCUCAAGAUCGGAAGUGGAAAAAAGAUGGCUGCACUUCAGCAAAGAUCUUUGGCUUUGUGGCGAGGAAGACGGGCAGUGGGCAGGACAACGUGUGCCACCUGUUCGCCGAGCACGACCCCGAGCAGCCCGCCAGCGCCAUCGUCAACUUCGUCUCCAAGGUGAUGAUUGGCUUCCAGAAGACCAAGUAGCGCUGCAACGCUGCUAGCUAAUUGGCUAGUGGGGCUGUUUCUAAAACUUAAAACCGUACAACCCUCAACCUGAAGGUUAUGAGCCAGGACUUGGACAGGAAGGCAGUGGAACAGAGUUCCAUCCACAGAACUAGAAUGGGUUUUGCGAGAUACUAUUUCAAUGGUUACACUACCUAAGAACGGGAUACAAUUGAUAACAAUAAUCUUGAGGCGAAAGAAAUGCACACCUAUUUAGGCGAGGUGUUGCCUAGCGUAGUGGAACACUUUAAAAAAGUCAAGGAGAUCCGCACACUCUAGGAGCUCAGAUGCAAAAAAUAUUUAUGUCCAACGUUUCGACAGACAAGCUGUCUUCAUAAGGGCAGCACUCCAUCACUUGUCUGUCGAAACGUUGGACAUAAAUAUUUUUGCAUCUGAGCUCCUAGAGUGUGCGGCUCUCCUUCUCCUUUAUACAAUUGGCAACGAGCAUGAAAAGACUUACAAGUUACAACUCCACAACCUAUCCAAGUCAUCUCCUGCUUACAACACAGAGGGAACUGUGGACCAUCAGCAGGACAGGAGACUCAUUGAGAUCUUUCAUUGAGUCGAAUGAAAACUCAGAACUCCUUUGCCAUCAUUUUCUAACAGACUCUUUCCUUAUGAUGAUUAUUAGGGGUUUGUCUGGAAGGAAAAAGAGAAUAUACAACAGCUACGUUAUAAGAUGUGUAUUUCAUUUUUAUGUAUCAUUGUAGAACUAAUACAGAUGUUUGCAUUUCUGUCUCGAAAGGGCUUACAGUUUUAUGUAUCCCAAAUCUUUACAAGUUAGUUACAUAUAUUCCUAUUCUCAACAUGCUCUGUAUGAUGUGAUACUAUACUAAAGUUAGUUACAUAUUCCUAUUCUCAACAUGCUCUGUAUGAUGUGAUACUAUACUAAAGUUAGUUACAUAUUCCUAUUCUCAACAUGCUCUGUAUGAUGUGAUACUAUACUAAAGUUAGUUACAUAUUCCUAUUCUCAACUUGCUCUGUAUGGUGUGAUACUAUACUAAAGUUAGUUACAUAUUCCUAUUCUCAACUUGCUCUGUAUGGUGUGAUACUAUACUAAAGUUAGUUACAUAUUCCUAUUCUCAACAUGCUCUGUAUGAUGUGAUACUAUACUAAAGUUAGUUACAUAUUCCUAUUCUCAACUUGCUCUGUAUGGUGUGAUACUAUACUAUAGGGAAGCAUAGAAGCCUGGCAUGUAAGGGUUUUGUCAUGUUUAAUAUUUAACCAAAAAUAAAUCAACUAUAUAAAGCAUUAUGCAAGCUAUUAAAAACAGUAUUAAAAAAAUACUGUAAAUCAUAACUUCUCCUUGUGUUAUCAAAAACUUUAUUUUUUUAAAUGCAUCAUAUACUAUUUGAAAAGUAAUACCUAUUGACUUUAUGUUAGAACAAAAAAAUAUAAAUAUUUUCCCUAAACUAAUGUUUCACCAUCAUUUAUCUUGAAUUUUGAUAUUGCUCAACUCUGGAUAUGCCAAUUAAAACCACCAUCAAAGCAAUAACACACAAAAAUGUAAAGAUCUGGAAGGGGAGCGUUGGAAUGAAUCAGACCACAGAAAAAUAUUAUAUAUGUAAACCCUAAUAUAUUCUAUGAUUCCUUUAUAUCAUUUGUCAAUUACAUGUACUUUGAACUCAUGUACUACUUCGUUCAGUACUGCUUUGUCUGGAAGAUUGUUUUCAAAUUGAUACAUUUCUGUAUGUUUUUCCUUUGGCUAGUCUCAAAUAAGUGUUUAAAUGGACUAUUUGGUGGUAUAUUAUUGGCACUAACUAUAUAUUGAAAUGUCUCAGUGUUAAAAUAUAUACAGUACACUGAGUGUACCAAACAUUAGUAUUGAUUAAUAUUAAAAUUGAGUUGCACCCACCCUUUAGCCCUCAGAACAGCCUCAAUUCGUCAGGGCAUGGACUGUACAAGGUGUCGAAAGCGUUCCACAGGGAUGCUGCCCAUGUUGACUCCUGCUCACAACUGCUUCCCACAGUUGUGUCAAGAUGGCUGGAUGUCCUUUGAGUAGUGGACCAUUCUUGAUACACACAGCAAAGUAUUGAGCGUGAAUAACCCAGCAGCGUUGCAGUUCUUGACACAAACCGGUGCGCCUGGCACCUACUUCCAUAGCCCGUUCAAAGGCACUUAAAUAUGUUGUCUUGCCAUUUCAACCGCUGAAUGGCACAGAUACACCAUCCAUGUCUCAAUUGUCUCAAGGCAUAGAAAUCCUUCUUUAAUCGGUCUCCUCCCCUCCAUCUACACUGAUUGAAGUAGAUUUAACAAGUGACAUCAGCUUUCACCUGGUCAGUCUAUGUCCAUGGAAGGAGCAGGAGUCCUUAAUGUUUUUAUACUCAGUAGAUGACAUUUUGUAUUAUAUAUUUCAUUUGGAAUUAUGAAAUAAAUAUUGUGUUGGAACAAUAGGCGAUCAUUGGGGCUCGAUUGAACUCGAUGGAAAAGUGCAAAAGUGUCAACACCGCCCACCCAAUGCAUCGAGCGAGCUCAAUGAAGUGCAGCUUUUUAACCACUUUUCUGUGUAGAUUAACUUUUUCACGGUCACAUUUCUUCAUGUCAAAUAAUCAGGGCAGGGACCACCUAAUUCCAAGACACUUUGUUUAUUAUACAAUACAUUCAUUGUUUGUGUACAUUUUAGUUGUAUUAUUUUUUUCUUCAUUUUGCUCAUGAUGUACUAAUAUGAUUUACAGUCUGUACCUCAUCAUACCUUUACUAUCUCACGUUAAUAUGAUUUACAGUCUGUACCUCAUCAUACCUUUACUAUCUCACGUUUGAAAAAAAUCAUUCUAUUUUUUUAUGUUUCAUAUUGAUUUGCAGCAAGUGACAUAAAAAGUUCAUUUGUAUAUGAGAAAUGAUAUUUUCAAUGUUGAAUGUGAAUAAACAAAAGGGAAAAAUUA